GAUUUAAAGGGAUGGAAUAGAGAAACGCAUGUGAAGUGUACUUAUAAUGGUAUUCCGUUAGCUGACAAAAAAUUUCCGGAAAAUUGGUUGACAGAAGGUAUUCAAAUCAAAAUUUUAUUUCCUUUCUGUCUCAAACCUUGGCACGAAUAUAAAAUCGCUAAAUUCUCGUGAUGACUUUUGUUUUUUAACAGUUUGGGGAAGGGAAACAGAACACCCUUUUGGUCAUCCACGACAAAAACCUUCGUUUUUUAAGCCUGUUUUUAAGGAACUUUACAAAUUUGUAAAAGUAAAAAUUAAAUUUUUAAAAAAGUUUUCAAAAAAAAACACAAGUUCAAAAGAAACAAGAACAAUACACCCGAGUGUAAUAAAAAAUGAAAAAGAUGAUCUAAUAAAUAACCAGAUAAUGAAUCAACCCUUGAGUAAAAUUGAAAAAAUUACAGAUUGGAAAAAUUAUUCACCGAUAGACAAAAUGCAGGCUAUCACUCAUAGGACAAGUACAAUUAAAAAAAAACUAGAAAGAAUUACGGAAGAUAAGAAAAGGGUCACUCUAGAACUUGAUAUGAACCCUUACAAAAAAAGUUCGAGAUUAGCCUUGUCAAAAAAUUUUUGUCAAAUGUUGAAAAAAAAAAAAAAAUAGAUUAAUAUAUAAAUUUAAUUAUUUUAUAAAAUUAUUUAUUCAAAGAAUAUCUAAUUGUAUUUUUUUAUAUACUAUAUCUAUUUGCCAAAUGACUCAAAAAGUCUUUGUGGAAUCAACAAAAAUGAACUCUCUUUCAAAUUCAAAUAUAAAAACGCAUAAUAAUAAGCUUUAUAAGGAAAAUUCAGAGAGUUUUGGUGAUUUAUCCAACUUGUCACAAGCAUAUGUAUUGUACAAAAAUAUCAGAAAGGGGUUUUUUGAACGUACGUAAUUUCAUAUCUGUUCUUCAACAAAAUGGAACAUCUUUCUUGAUUAAAAAGAAAAUAAAAGACUCAUUUCAUACACAAGGAAUACUUCCAUCUGAAGGAAUAAAAAAACAACUUAAGCGGCCUAGAACGAGUCAAUGGAAAUUUUGGUUAAAAGGGAAUUCUCACUACGAUUUAUCUCCUAAUUUCUGGGUCUGCCUUAAGAUCACAAAAACCAAAAAUGGAGAAAUAGGGCGAAUCGCUAUCGUAGGUCUAAACAAAAAUAUUUAGACAAAAGGACUUCCGGUAAAAAAUUAAAAUUAAAUACUUACAGGAAACAAAAGGAUGCUAACUCAGUCUUGAAUAAAAAAACAAAAGAUAAUUUAAAAAAAUGCUAUCGAUAUGAUCUUUUAGCAUAUCAAUACAUUCAGUAUGAAAAAAAUAGUGGAACCCCUCCAGGAGCUAAACGGGAAGCAAUUUCUUAUCAUUACAAGAUGUCACAAAACAACUUGUUUGCGAUAACGAAAAAUAUUCCUAUCACUAGUUUCAGAGGAAAAAUA